AUGGCCGACAGUCCUGAUGUCCCGGCCAAAGCCAAGGCCUUUGUUCCUCUCGAAAACAAUGCAGAAGUUAUGUCGCACCUCAUCCACCAACUAGGUGUCUCAGAUGCUAUUGGCUUCACUGACGUCUACAGCAUCAUUGACCCUGAUGUCAUCGCCUUCGUACCCCGCCCCUCCUACGCCAUCCUCCUCGUCUUCCCCGUAACUCCAGCAUACGAAGGCUGGCGCAUAGCAGAAGACAAAGACAUACCCGCAUAUGAAGGCUCCGGCCCCCACGAACCCGUAACUUGGUUCAAGCAAACAAUCCGAAACGCCUGCGGCCUGAUCGGACUCCUGCACGCGGUUAGCAACGGUCCUGCUAGGGACCAUAUCACCCCUGGCUCAGAUCUAGAGAAGUUGCUGCGGGACGCGGAGCCACUGAAGCCUGGACCUAGAGCAGACUUACUAUAUGCCAGCAAGGCGUUGGAGAACGCUCAUGCUGAUGCAGCGAAGAAAGGGGAUACUUCCGCGCCAGAUGCAAACACCAAAACCGAUUUGCAUUUUGUGUGCUUUGUGAAGGGGAGUGAUGGGCAUUUGUGGGAGUUGGAUGGGCGGAGAAAGGGGCCUUUGGAUCGAGGGGAGUUGGAUGAGGAUGAGGACGUCUUGAGCGAGAAUGCUCUAAAGCUUGGUGCUUGGCAGUUCUUGAAGAGGGAAAUAGAGGCCGAGGGCGACCUAAGGUUUAGUUUGGUUAGUCUGGGGCCAGUUUUUGACUAA